UCCCGGCUAGUCCCUCCCACACAGCCUGCCGGCCUCGCGAUAGCGUCGCCAGACGAGGCAGGACAACGGCAAGUACAGGGUCUGACUGACGUUCCUGCUGACUCAGCAACCACUAACGAGGAAUCGGAUCACGAUCUAGCCAUUCGUCUGCAGAGGGAAAUGCUGGUAGAGGCUUCCAAGGGUCUUGCGCUGUCGCCUGGCAAAAACCCGGACUUCGAACUGGCGUGCAAGUUGAUGCAAGACGAGAUCAAUGCCGCUGAGGCAGCCAAACAGCAGUUUUCUUCCGACUACGAACUGGCGAUGAAAUUGCACCAGGAACUCAACUUGGCAACCGUCCAAGAAGUCAAUGCCCCUCCGCAGCAGCCGCAUCCGCAGUACGACUCAGGAAAUGGGUCCAACUAUUGCACCCGACCUUCACCUCUCCACCCCGGCGGCACCAAUCAGGCUGGUGCAGGGCAUACACCGUCGCCACGCAGACGUGCUUCUGAUGUAAGUGAUUUUCCCCACCCCCUCAAACUCGUCCUGAUUUUUUACCUAUUCCUUUCGCACGACAUGUUUUUGGACGUACUUCUACUCUUCCGAAUAUGGGUAUUUUGUAAUGCUAUAAUGCUUUGCAAACCACUCGUCAAACUUCUCUCCGUUGAUGAUGUAGACCGCGCCUUUUGUUGA